AAAAAACAGCAGCAUCCUCAUCACCAGCUCCAGACGCCAGCGAUCAGGAAGCUCCGAGAGGGGUCCGCCGGAUUGAUGCCAAUGCACGCAGCAGCAUCACUGAUGUAUACGGACUAACCAACAUCUCUUGAUAUGGUCGAGUGCUGAUGGAGCCGUCAGAGCUGUUUGAGACCCGGGGGCUCCCUGUGGCACCGCGGCACGUCGAGCUGGACGUCUUAAGGUUCCUACAGCCGCUGAAGGAGGACAACAGCACGGCAGAGCAAUGCUUCCGCUCUCACUCUCGCAACAGCGUCCUCCAGGGCCUGCCGUUUGGUGGGGUGCCCACAGUCCUCCUCAUAAAUGUGGUUCUUUGGAUGUUGUUGUUGCUCAUCUUUUCUUGUCUGAGGAAGGCGGCGUGGGACUACGGUCGUUUGGCUCUGCUUAUGGAGAAUGACAGUCUUACAUCCCUCUUUUAUGGAGAACCGAGUGAAAAAGAGAAGUCUCCCUCAGAGUCCAGUCCCUCAGACUCUGAGAUAAAGGACAUGGGCUUCUGCUCAUGGCUCUCAUCUCUUUACCAUAUGAAAGAUGACGAGAUCCGCAGCAAAUGCGGCAUCGACGCAGUCACAUACCUGUCCUUCCAGCGCCACAUCAUGCUGCUCAUGACGGUGGUUUCCCUGCUGUCUUUGGCCGUGAUCCUGCCGGUCAACUUCUCGGGGAACCUCCAGGGAGACAGUCCCGAAGACUUCGGAAGAACAACACUGGCCAAUGUUAGCGCCAAGGACAGUUUUCUUUGGCUGCACAGCGUCUUUGCUCUGCUUUACUUCAUCAUCACCCUGCUGUCCAUGGCUCACCACUCGGCAAGGCUGGAGCACAGAGAGGACGACAAGGCUUCCAGGACUCUGAUGAUCACCUCCAUCCCCAGAGAGAUCUCAGACCCAGGACUCAUCACCAAGCACUUCCACGAGGCCUACCCCAGCUGCACUGUCACCGACAUCCGCUUCUGCUUCGACGUUCACAAAUUGAUGAAGCUGGAUUUAGAAAGGCGCAAGGCGAUGAAAGGCAGGCUGUAUUUUGCCACAAAGGCCCAAAAGGACGGGAAGGUCAUGAUCAUGACCCACCCGUGUUCUCAGAUAUUCUGUUGCGCCAUAUGUGGCUUUGAAAAGGUAGACGCAGAACAGUACUACGGCGAAUUGGAGGAGAAGUGCACAGAUGAGUUCAAUGCAGAAAAGCAACGGAUCACCAUGAAGAGGCUGGGCAUUGCCUUUGUGACCCUUAGAGAUGAGAGGAUGACAGCUGUCAUAGUGAAGGACUACAGCCGUGUGCGCUGUCGCAGCAGACCCCAGCAGUCCAGCAUCACCACCGUGGUGCAGCCGCAGAGAUGGGGCGUCAGCUACGCACCGGCUCCAAGUGACAUUAUCUGGGAGAACCUGUCUGUCUGCGGCUCUCACUGGUGGCUGAGAUGCGUCCUCCUCAACAUCCUCCUCUUCCUGCUGCUCUUCUUCUUCACCACUCCCGCCAUCAUCGUGAACACCAUGGACAAGUUCAACGUCACGCGGCCCGUGGACAGUUUGAGGAGCCCGAUCAUUACCCAGUUCUUUCCGACCUUCCUGCUCUGGAUGUUCUCGGUGCUCCUGCCUUUCAUCGUCUAUUACUCUGCCUUCUUUGAGGCCCACUGGACCAGAUCGGUUGAGAACCAAGUGACGAUGCACAAGUGCUUUUUGCUGCUGGUCUUCAUGGCGCUCAUCCUCCCCUCACUUGGGCUGUCCAGUCUUGACCUGUUCUUCACUUGGCUGUUUGACGUCAACUUUUUGGACGAGAAAGAGAUCAAAUUCCAGUGUGUGUUUCUUCCUGACAACGGUGCAUUCUUCGUAAACUACGUCAUUACUUCAAGUCUUAUCGGAACCUCUAUGGAGUUGCUUCGAAUCCCGGCGCUGACGGUGUACGCGCUGCGGCUCUGCUUUGCCAAAUCUCAGGCUGAGCGGAUACACGUGAAAAGGAGUCAGGCGUAUGAGUUCCAGUUUGGCCUGGAAUACGCCUGGACCAUGUGUAUCUUUGCUGUCAGUAUGACCUACAGCAUCACGUGUCCCAUCAUUACGCCCUUUGGUCUGCUCUAUGUGAUCCUGAAACACAUGGUCGAUCGAUACAACAUCUACUACGCGUACGUUCCCACCAAACUCAACCAGAAAAUCCACAGAGCAGCCACCAGCCAGGUCAUCGUGGCUCCAAUCCUCGGCAUGUUAUGGCUGCUCUUCUUCUCCGUGCUCAGAUUAGGUCCAAUGCAUCCCAUCACAUUGUUCACGUUGGUGUCCCUCAUCUGCUGCAUCGCCUGCUCCCUUUUCCGCGUAUGGCUUCGGAAGACACCAGACAAGUCAACUAGCUACCAGAUGUCUGAUCAGCCAGCUGCAGAGACGUUCCCUGAUGCAGACAGAAGCACGGCGACGUCAACCACUGCCUCCAAUCUGUUUGUUGCAUCCGUGUUGCUGGAGCCAGAGCUGGCUUUAACUCCGAUGCCUUCCCCGGCUCACCAAGGCUACGGCGCCAUGGCCAGCUCCCAGAGCUCAGGUCACGUACCGGUGGCUGGAGCCGAGGCUGAAGAGGAACAAACCCAAACCCGUGAGACGGAGCUCAGAGACCCUGCAGACCCCUACUCCUCCAGCCCGCUCAUGGACAGCCCCAGAAGCUACCACUGACAGCAGCUCCCACUUAAACUAAUUUCCCUGUGUCCUUUAGUGGUGGAGCGCAGAUUAUAAAAUGCUGCAAGGCUGCAUUUAAACCGCUGGCCUCAGACUCUAAUUUGGCUUCGUCAGACACUGAGACGAGAUAGAUCUUAUGUGAGGACAUGAAAAAUGUAAUGCAAAAGCAGAAUUCUUUAAAAACCGAGCAUUCGAAAAGACAGCAGCUAAGCCAAAUCGUCGUCUGAACCUGCUUCAUACACACAUCGAGAUCAAGCUAAUGUACAGAUUAUAAAAAAAAAAAAAAACAACAACAACAAAAAAAAAACAGAUUCUAUCUCCUACGGCGUCGUUUGCAAGUUUAAAAAGGUUUGAAAGUAACGGGGGGGAGAUACAGGCUUGGAGCUGCUAUCAGACAGACACGCUCCAUGCUGUGCAACUGGAACAUUAGCAGAGUUGAAAGUUCCCACCGCGGCGGGUGGUGUGAGCAGGCUUACCCCGGCAGACUGGCGGAGCGGGCCGGCCAUGGGUGAUAUGUGCUUCCUCUGUGAGGCGGAGGGUGAGGGCAGCGAGUUGUGAAGCCAUCUGGACACACAGAGGGCAGAGAGAAGCUCUCAGAUGGACUGUAGGAUGUGUACAGUCUCGCCACAGAGGCAGAAACAGCCUAAAGCUUAUUGUAAUUUAUCUCCAUAUGAGUUUGCUAUUUUUGCUACUGUAUUUUUGGUGUCAUUUCUGUGAAAGCUUUAAAUUGGAGGGGUAUUCGUCGUUCCCUUCUUGAUGAGCAAAUGACUUAUCUUGUUUAGAAAAUGUGUACCUGACCUAGUUGUUUUUAUGCUUUCACUUUCUUGCAGAGAGUGUGUGAAUCAAAUUUUGUGUUUCCAAGAAAUUAGAAUAUCAUGGAAAAGUGUAAUUAAUUUAGCAUUGCAGUUGGAAAAACUCAAAUAUCGAUUCAUUAUACACAACGUGAUAUAUUUCAAGUGUCUGUGUCUAUUUUGAUUAUGGAAAUUGGAAUAUUAUUUAGCAGAUCUCUGUGUUGUGGCUCAUGAAGUACUGACCACAGUUUUUCCUUCCACCCAACUUUCCACUAGCCUAUUUUUGAGGUUUACUCUCCUUGCGUAAGUUGUCAGUGACUGUUUUCGGUCUAAAGGACAUAAAAUAACGUUUCUAUACUAAAAAUCUUCUGUAGCGUUUAAAUUUUCUGAGAAACUGAAUGUUGGGUUCUCAUUAGAUGUAAGCCGUAUCAAAAUGAAAGGAAAACAAACGCUUAGAAUAUAUAUCUGUGUGUGUAAUGAAUCUAUAGCAGGAAUGAGUUUGGAUUAAAUUACAGGAACAGCUAAACUUUUUGAUGAUUGUUCUAAUUUAAUGAAAUGCACUUGUAAUUUAAUCAAGUACGAUGUUCUGUAAUCCAAAUUACAUUGGGAUAAGGUAAAUCCCUGUGUAAUUAAUAAAUCUUAAUGUAAUUUAUUUUUAUUAUUUUUUUGCAUAGCUUUAAUUCAUCAUGAGUCAUGAAACGUGAUUCAUUAUAUCUUAUGCAGCCUUGUCAGAUAGACGGACAAUCAAGAAAACCUGACCAGCACUUCUCCACAAAAGAGUCAAUGUGCAGAAGACACAUGGCACCCUCCGCAUUCAUUGGCACCACGGGUAAAGACCUUUACGAAUCCUUGAAGUAAAUUCCUCCUCUACUGAAGUAGCGUAAUCUUCCAUUAAAAUAUUUUGAAAUUAUUGUUAGAGCACAUAAGUGGUAAGGAAAAAAAAUCCUGCAUUAAGAAAUAUAAUUUUUUAUUUUGAAAGUAAAAUUGGCCUCACUUACAUUAUCCCUAGGAAUCCCUAUAAAGUAGAUGUGACUAAAGCAUUUUUUAUUCGCGUAAAGCUUUUUUUUAAUCAGUUUCAAGGAAUGCUUAAUUAGCCAUUUGUAUGUAGAAAUGUGGCUUCUUUUUAAACCACUGACAAGUAAGCUGGACAAGGAUCUAAGCUCAUCCUACCACCACGCACAGCAAUAAAUAAAUAAAAUGAAUUAUUAUUAUUUUUAUUUCUAAACUUGGGAGGCAUGCCAGCAAAAGAAAAAAGAAUCUGUCCUACCAUCACAAACACAAACAUGUGGAUGUUUGAGAGCUGGUGGCGUCCUGGGCAGGGAGCCAUAUUGUUCUGUUUGUCCUAAAUUAAUAAAUAUACUUCAAUUAAAGGUUCAAUCUUUCUAAAACAUCUGUGAUAAUACUACUUUAAGGCAUUUUAACCUGGCGUGUGACAGUCAAUGUGGAGGAUGCAGGUUAAAUUACAAGUUAAAUUACCUUUUAUUUCCUUGCACUUUAGGAAAGCUGUUCCUAAGUUGCUGACCUACUCCUUCAAGUUGUGUUAAUAAAGAGAAAAUAUAAGCACAUGCAAAAACUGCAAAACGUUACUGAGAUCUCAGAUGAAUCUAACCGUGAAAUAUUUUAAUCUUAAUCUGUGCUGAAAAUGAGUUUUACAAAUGCCAGAUGCAAAGGUUUUAAGAGGCGAUGGAUUUCAUCACCACUGAAUCUCUCGGAUCAGUUUGUUUGUGUAAACCCGGCUCUUCAGUUCUCCUGUGCUAAAAUCACUUUGUGUCAUGUUCCAAACACAAAAAGUAAAACUACAGC